AUGACUACAAGCACAGACCAGGCCAAGUACUGGGUGGCCUUCAACCGCAUAUCCACCAUCGGCAGGGCCAGGUUCGCCAUACUGGAGAGCUACUUUGGCGAUCUGGAGACGGCCUGGCGCGCCGGAUCCUCCGACCUGGCCGCCGCCGGACUGGACCAGCGCUCCGUGAGGGCCAUCGUCUCCCGCCGACCGUCCAUAUCCCCGGACGCCGAGUGGGAACGCCUUGAGAAGCUGGGCAUAGACGCCAUCACCGUCAGAGACCCCGCCUAUCCCAGCCUGCUCAGAGAGGUGUACGACUACCCUCCUGUGCUGUACGUCAAGGCACAAUAUCCUGCCUGA